UAAGGGCACAUUUACUUUUCUCGGCCGAGAAUAAGUCUUCCUGGUUUCAAGUAUAGUAACUGCCUUCCCCUUUAAAUGUAUUUGGAUCAGCGUAAAAGUUGUGGACGGAGUACUCGUAUAACUUUGAUAUCUGGAUGAAAAUCACACAAGGAGGAGAUUCUUAUAUUUUCGCAGUUUUUCCCCGCGGAUCAGUAGUAGCAUACUUGAGGAGACACUACUGAGCUGCUGUGACUCGUCUGCCGGUGUAUAUGCAGGAUAAGCGGUUGUGGGAUGGCUUUGCUGACCUUGCACAGAGCACCGUCUAUUUGCACAACACCGGAUGAAUUAAUCCCAAGACGAGGAAUACUACAGAAAAGAGAAAGUUUCGCACUGGUUAAGGGGGCAGUGCUUCUGCUGGAAGAUAGAGAGGGAGAGGAGGGAGUACAUGAAGAAACCAUACCCCUUCUACUAGGUCCUAUACACAGACCAUCUGACACUCAGUGCAGACAUUUGCAAGCAAUGCUUUCGUUACUGCGACCAGAGGACACAGUGAAACUGGCUGUACGUUUAGAGUCAGUGAGCCCAGUUAGACUCAGAUAUUUGCUCAUAGUUGGCACACUUGACAAUAAACAAGAAAGUUUAUUACUUGGCAUGGAUUUCCCGGGAUUAAACAGUGAUGAAUGCACUAUUGGCCUGGUCUUGCCAAUAUGGAGUGACACACAGGUUUUCCUGGAUGGAGAUGGAGGUUUCAGUGUGACAUCUGCAGAAGUGACACGAAUCUUCAAGCCUGUGUCCAUUCAGACGAUGUGGUCCGUGCUGCAGGCGCUGCAUGGCUGCUGUGAACGUGCUGUGCGUGGAGCUGUCAUCCCUGGCUGUGGACUGGAGUGGGCACAACAUUACAAGCAGCAAAUAGAGUCUGACCAGAUCUGCAUUAAUGAAUGGGGGGCCAUGACUGGCCUGGAGUCAGUCAGAAAGAGCAAGGGAGGAAGUUACGCGUCUAAUCGGGAGUCAGUGGAGAAGGAGAUCAAAGCUCAGUUGAGAGAAAUUAUGAGGACUGAGGAUUUGGAAAAUAUUACCUCAAAACAGGUGCGAACAGCUCUGGAGGCUAGUACAGGCUUGGACAUGAAAGACUACAAAGAGUAUAUUGACAAUGAGAUGAUGGUCACUAUGGCGCAGAUGGACAAACCUUCCAAAAUUUUGGAUUACCUUUACUUGGGUUCAGAAUGGAAUGCUGCCAACUUUGAAGAGCUACGGAAGAACAAUGUGGGCUACAUCCUGAAUGUUACCAUGGAGAUUGACAACUUUUUCCCAGAAUCCUUCACCUAUAUGAACAUUAGAGUUUAUGAUGUAGAGUCAACCGACCUGCUCCCACACUGGAAAAACACAUACAUGUUCAUCAAUGAAGCAAGGAAAAAUGGACAGGCCGUACUGGUGCAUUGUAAGAUGGGCGUAUCUCGCUCUGCCUCCACUGUUAUUGCUUUCCUAAUGAAACAGCAGGGCUGGAGUUUAGAGCAGGCACUUAACCACGUCAGGGAACGACGGCCUAUAGUGCACCCAAACGAAAGUUUCUUCAAGCAGCUGCAAACGUACAGUGGCAUCCUAAAUGCCAGCAAGCAGCGCCACAGCGCACUCUGGAGGAGGAAAUCUAAAUCAGAACCCCGGCAGCCAUCUGUCCACAUUGCUCCAGCCACAGAAAGUCAAAAUGAACAAAAAGAGGAAGAGGAGGAAGGACUGGAAAGUCCAGAAGAAGAAGAAAGCACCAGCGAGGAGGAGGAACGCGAUGUAAGGGUCUUUGAUGAGCGUAUGGAGGACAGUUUUUCUGAGUCAUCUGAGGCAGAUACAGCCACAUCCAACCCAAUUAUAAAUAUACAGGAAAGUGAUAAGAUUUCAUCAAGUCCAAGCAGAAGUGGAAGGAUGGAUCUGUUUUCUCUUAUGCAGUCUAUUCAGCUCGAUGAUGAGGGGCUUGAUAAAGAGAUGGCUAUUGCUCAGAGGAAUUCCCCAGCACAACGAAGGAGGAGUCAUGGACGAAGAGCUCUGGCCCAUCAAAAAGCUCAUGUAGAUGUUUCACCUGAACCAAGCAGCAGACAGGCACAGAUCAAAAGCCAGGACGAAGUGAAUACACCUGCUUUUAAAGACUCCUUAUAAAAACAGAGCGGAUGGAAAAUGGGUUAAAAGGUGAGAAAACGAAACACAAACUGGGAUACUACAAUAUUGGACAAUCUUGCACACCAACCUAAUUCCGCUGUAUUCCAAGUUCUUAAUGGGAAUAAAACAGAACAAGAUUAGGAAAAUUCAGCUUCUCUGAUAUGAUGGUUGAUAUAAUAAAGCCUAAUAUUGAGGCUUGACUGUGGACGGUCAGAACGCACAAAGCACAUUGUUACAUUUCAUUGCAACAAAUAUCUCACUUUUCUCGCCCAAAACCCAUAAACUCAUUCCAGAUUGUUUUAAACAUAUAACCAUAAUUUUUAGUUGGUAACACUUUAUUUUACGGUGUCUUUGUUACACAUGUUACAUGUAAUUAUUAUAGUAAUAAUAGUUAAUUAUGCAUAAUUACAUGCAACUAAUCCUAAACCAAACCCGAAUCCUAACCCCAACCCUACAGUAAGUACAUGUUAUUGAAGAUUAUUACUUAGUACUUAAAUACAUAAUUACAAUGUAACAGUGACGCCUUAAAAUAAAGUGUAACCUUUUAGUUUCUAUCAAUCACCCCAUGUUAAGUAAGUAUAGAUACAAGAACUGUUUUUUAGAGAUUCAAAAUGUGCCUUUUGUAUUUUCCAUAUUCUUUGCACCUUCACACUGAGCCACAUUCGGUUUACUCCACAGAUUUUAAGGAUAUUAAAGGAAGUAGAGUGUUUCCUUGGCUGUCUUAAAAGAGAUUCCUCUCUUAAAGCAUUAUUGUUAUGUAUUUUUAAUAAAUGAAUAAUGAGCGUGACUUCUCCAUUACCGGUGAGCUCUCUCAUUUUAGGAGACCUAUGCAAUAAUUUACUUCUCUUUAUAGCUGUCUCUUCUCCGUGAAUGUGAAGCUUCCUUGGCUUUGUGUUGUCUGUUAGGGUUAUAUAUUAUUUAACAUGUGUAAUAUGCAGGAGAUAAAACCUGAGAAGAGUAUUUUUUUCUUAUCAAUGUGCCACAUUGUUGUGAUUUACUGUAUAAGUGGUCUGUGCUGUCCCAUAAUCAUUCGCAUGCCACACUUAUGUUGGUUCAGUGCCUUUAGUUUAGAGACCAAAAUAACCACAUUGUUGGUUUUAAUGUAUUUGCAGUUAACUAACACAAUUUUAAUGUAAAACACGUCCUUUGCUUUUUAAGUGAUGGUUUGUUUCCUUUUAAGCACCCACGUGUGAUGUCUCAUUUUAGUAUCAGACUGUAUGCAUGCUUUAUGUACUGUAAUGUAUGUAAACCUGUCUUUUUGAAGCAUGUGUCCUGAGUGUGUGUGUUUAAAGUAUAUACAAGUAAUAUCUGCUGUAAAACAUUUUUGUUGAAA